GCGCAGGCGCGGGGGCCGGGUCAGGUGACCGCGCCGUCACGUGACUCUCGGUCCACGCCUGUCCGCGGAGCCGCCGCCGCUGCCGGGCACUGGCGCCGGCCCGCCCCGUGUGUUGUCCCACAGUGCUUUUCAGCUGGAGGCAUCACCAAGCACUUGGCAUAUUCUCAACACAGAGUCCCUGUGGUCCUGGGCUUGCUCGGCUGCUCCUGAGGCUGGAGCUACUGAAGGUGCAGUGAGUGGGGAGUGGGUGUCCCAGCGGCCCCGACACUCACAGCCUCCAUCCUGCUUUCAGGCCCAGGUGCCCAGUGCCGCGCUCACUGGUACUGGCUGCGGGGUCACACCGGGCAGGAAAGGCGCCAUGUGGGCCGGGUGCGCCAGCAUCGUGGGCUGGUUCCUUUUCAUCCAGACAGCGCCUGGGGCGGCAGGCAGCCGUCCCUGCAGCCCCCAGUAUUUUGGCCAUGACUUGAUGGUGUGUGAAUGCAACGCCACCUAUUGUGACAUGCUGGACCCCGUUGUUGUCCCGGCCGUGGGCACGUACGCCAAGUAUGAGAGCAGCAAGGCGGGCAAGCGGCUGGAGCACAGUGAGGGGAGGUUCCAGAGCGACUCCAUGGCCCCAGAUCUUGUGCUGAAGCUGGACACCACGCAGCAGUACCAGAAAGUGAAGGGCUUUGGCGGCUCCGUCACAGAUUCGGCUGCGAUGAACAUCCUGUCCCUGUCCAAGGAGACCCAACGCCACCUGCUCGCGUCCUACUUCACGGAGGAAGGGAUCGAGUACAACCUGCUCCGCAUUCCCAUGGCCAGCUGUGACUUCUCCACCCACCCCUACAGCUACGACGACACCCCCUACGACUACCAGCUCCUCAACUUUGGCCUGAAGGAUGAGGAUACAAAGCUGAAAAUCCCCAUUCUCCACCGAGCCAUGGCCUUGUCCAAGAAGCCGCUGUCCCUGGUCGCCAGUCCCUGGUCAUCCCCGGUCUGGAUGAAAACCAGCGGGGAGAUGAAAGGGAAGGGAAGCCUGAAGGGGAAGCCGGGGGACAAGUAUCACAAGACCUGGGCCAACUACUUCAUCAGGUUUCUGGAUGAAUACACCAAGCACAACUUGACGUUCUGGGCGGUGACGGCACAGAACGAGCCCACAGCUGGGCUGAUAAACAACUACCCCUUCCAGUGCCUGGGCUUCACCGCCGAGCACCAGCGGGACUUCAUCGCCCAGGACCUGGGCCCGGCACUGGCCAACAGCUCGCACAAGGGCAUCCGGCUCAUCAUGCUGGACGACAACAGGGUGCUGCUCCCCCACUGGGCCAAAGUGGUACUGGGUGACCCAAACGCUGCUCGCUAUGUCCAUGGCAUUGGCGUCCACUGGUACCUGGAUUUCAUUGCUCCCAUAGAGGACACUGUGUUACCGACCCAUGACCUCUUCCCUGAUUACUUCAUCUUGGCCACAGAGGCUUGCACUGGGUCCCACUUCUGGGAGAGGGACGUUAUCCUGGGCUGCUGGGAUCGGGGGAACCAGUACAGCCACAGCAUCCUGACGAACCUGAACAACUUCGUCUCCGGCUGGAUCGACUGGAACCUGGCCCUGGACCUGGAGGGGGGGCCCAACUGGGUCCAGAACUUGGUGGACAGCCCGGUCAUCGUGGACAGGAAAAGGGAUCUCUUCUACAAGCAGCCCAUGUUCUACCACAUUGGGCAUUUCAGCAAGUUCAUCCCUGAGGGCUCCCAGCACGUCGGGCUGGUUGUCUCCAAGAAGAGCUGCAAGUGCAACAUAGAGUAUGCAGCCUUCCUGCGCCCGGAUGGCGCCGCCGUGCUUGUGGUCCUGAACAGGUACUCCACGGACGUGCCGUUCGGGAUCUCAGACCCAGGCGUUGGCUUCAUUGAGGCUCUGGUUCCAGCUGACUCCAUCCAGACCUACCUGUGGAGACGGCAGUGAGAAGGCUCGGGGGGCCUGGGGCGGGGGAGAGGACUCUGCAUGCUGCUCUGGAGAAUCGCUCUGUGGGGACGUUCCAGGCAGCACAGACAGGGCUGGGUGGGGCCCUAAGGGAGACAGGGAGGCCAGCACCCACCUAGAUCUGCCCCUUGCAAAGCACAGCACCUGGGCAGGGGCAGAGCUGACAAGCUGAGCCCCAAGCCUGCAGCAUGUCUAGGGCCAGCUGGGCCCUACUGGACCCGGGCACAGAGGGAGCAGGGCUCCCUUUGCCCCACAGGAAUGGAGAUCCAUGUGCUGUAAACACAAUCGCUGCUGCUCUGCCAAACAGCAGCCGUCUCUGGCUCUCUUUGGGCCCCCCCGCACCCCAGCCUGGUCUCCAGCAGAGCCUAGCACAUGGACAUGUCUGUCAGAGCGGCGUGGGUGCCUGUCUGGAGCUUUACGUCAACUGGGAGUUAAAACCCCGCCGCCUCUCCCCUCCCAUGCACUGCGCCCCAGGCUGCUCCCACCCCAGUGACGCUUCCUUGGGUGCCUUGAACCAAGGAGACCGGAACAGCUGGUUCCAGAGAGGAAAGACCCCUGAGCAUGCUGGGAAAUAAUCUCCUGUAUAAACCCCUGCUGGAGGCUCAGUCUGCAGGGUGGUAAGCGAAGCCCCUGGGCAAGGACGGUAGCUUCAUGCUGAGAUCCAAUGGGCAGGCGUUGCCCUGCCGCCAGGAGCCAUUACCCCGGGCUGAGCGCUGCUCACCUCAAUCUGCCCAGGGAGGUGCACGUUUGGGGCGGGUGCCCCAGCUGGCUCCCCGUCUCCCCCGGCUUGCUGGGCUGUCUGUUCUGCUGCCGUCUGUCGGCAUCUCUGGCCUUCCCCUGUCGGGCUGCAAAAGAUGGAAUCACAGGGAGUUCCUUGAGGUUGGACCCCACCUCAAGACAGUGGCUGAUAACUGGAGCAGGGGGUCACAGAUGAGGGCCCAGGCUCGUUCUGGGCUCUGUGUUCCUUGUUGCUCUGUGACAGAAUUGGGCUCCAGUGGGGCAUGCCGGAUGCUGUUCCACCCCCUACAGGCUCUCCCCGCCUGGGAGCUCUUGGGCCAGGGACUUUGCCUGGCAGAGUUCAUGCUGGGGAUGGUGCUGUAUACACUGAAUAAUUGUUGACUAGCAAGGGGUGCAGCGGCCCAGGGAACAUGCUGCUCUGACAGCGCCUUUCCCUGCAUCACCUGCCCCAGGGCUGGCAGGCCUGAGGGAGAGGAAAUAGGGAAAGGGUGAGAGAGCUUCUUUACCUUUUCUGCGAAUAGCAGAGCAAGGGCCCAGCAGAUGAAAUUGUAAGGAAAUAAAUGUUUAAAGUACAUAAAAAGAAAUAAUUUUAACAGGGUGCAUAAUUUACCUGUGUAACUCACUGCCACAAGAUUUCACUGAGGCCAAGAGCUGAUUGGAUUCCAAAAAAGCAUUAGUCAUUUAUAUGGAUACUGAUUAAUACCCAUAGUUACGUUUUGAAAGGAUAAAACCAAAGCUUGGACAAAAUCUAAACCCUCCCACCUCUGAGCAUGACCCAGUGACUCACUGCUCUAGGAGGAACGAGCAGACCAGUGGCCCCGUUACUGAAGUGGAGUUGUUUUGCAUGUAAAGCAGGUAUUCCACCACUGGUUUAUGUAUGAGGAACACAGCAUACUUUCCUCCACGUUCCAGCUCUUACUUUUUGAGCACAGAAUGAAAUUUCGGAACAUUUCCAAGUAAUUUGUUUACUUAUUUUGAAUAAAAAUUAAUUUAAAAUGGUUCCUUUAAGAAGUUUA